GGGAGCCCCAUGGCAAACCCAAACACAAACCACAAGCACAUCUUCGAUCGUCUUCCAUCGUUGACAAGCAAACUCAAGCAAGCUUAAGCAAGAAGAGCUAGCUAGCUAGCAACUGUACGUUCCUUCAAUCAAUCAAUGGCGCCGUUGAUGAACGGGAGCUGCAAAUCGGAGGAGAAGAAGUUGCCGGGUGCGUACGUGACGUUCCUGGCGGGCACGGGGGACUACUGGAAGGGCGUGGUGGGCCUGGCCAAGGGCCUCCGGGCCGUGAAGUCGGCCCACCCCCUCGUCGUCGCCGUGCUCCCCGACGUCCCGGCCUCCCACCGCCAGAUCCUCGCCUCACAGGGCUGCCUCGUCCGCGCGAUCCAGCCCGUGUACCCGCCGGAGAGCCAGACCCAGUUCGCCAUGGCCUACUACGUCAUCAACUACUCCAAGCUCCGCAUCUGGGAGUUUGUGGAGUACGAGAGGAUGGUGUACCUAGACGCGGACAUCCAGGUGUUCUCCAACAUCGACCACCUCUUCGACCUCGAGAAAGGAAGCUUCUACGCCGUCAAGGACUGCUUCUGCGAGAAGACAUGGAGCCACACGCCCCAGUUCAAGCUCGGCUACUGCCAGCAGCGCCCCGACAAGAAUGUCUCCUGGCCGGCCGACACGCCGGCGCCGCCGCCGCUCUACUUCAACGCCGGCAUGUUCGUGCACGAGCCGAGCAUGGCCACGGCCAGGGCGCUGCUCGAGAAGCUCGUGGUCACCGACCCGACGCCGUUCGCGGAGCAGGAUUUCUUGAACGUCUUCUUCCGGGAUGCUUAUAAGCCAAUCCCGUUGGUGUAUAAUCUUGUUCUUGCCAUGCUCUGGAGGCACCCCGAGAACGUCGAGCUCGACGCCGUCAAGGUCGUCCACUACUGCGCCGCGGGGUCGAAGCCGUGGAGGUUUACGGGGGAGGAGGAGAACAUGGAGAGGGAGGACGUGAAGAUGCUUGUGAAGAAAUGGUGGGAUGUCUACAACGACGACAGCCUCGACUUCGACGAUUCUUACAAGGAAUUGAAGAAGAAGAGCGAGGCCGGCGGCGUUGUCUUUGACCACGAGGCCGGCGGCAAGCCGGCGCGUCGUGGGGCGACCGCCAUGGCGGACGGCGCCGGCGCCGUCAAGUACUCCAACACGCCGUCCGCCGCCUAGGCAUCAUGAAUGCAUGGGCAUGGCAGCAGCCCUGGCUUCUUCCAUGAAGAAUACAUACAUAAAUUGUACACUUUGUUAUGUUUUUUGGCUUGCAAUUUGCCGGAAAGAAAGAAUUUGUAGUUUGUAAGCAAGUACUUGCGCUGUACGUACGUGUAUAAAGGAUGCCCAUGGCUAAAACAUUAUACUGGUGUAUAGUAUAUACAUGGUUUUGCAGUCAUUGUUAUUCGACGUA